CUUUGUCCAAUUACCAGUCUACGGUCUGCACAGUUCACUGAGAAUCAGUGUCCCGUGACUCUCGAAUUAAUCUGACCUGUGAUCUUCUGAGUGUAGGUUUAGGAGGAGGAGGAGGACGAUGUCACAGAUUAAAUCUAGUGGAUUAAGGUUAAAACUGAUUCAUCUCUCCAGAGUCAAGCUGCAUUUUGCCUUCAGCAUUCAUAUAAUAUAUAUAUAUAUAUAUACACAUUUUCUACAAUAUAUAUAUGUACACACAGAGACAUACAAUCAACAGUUCCAUGGAUAUAUCUGGAGCAGUGCUAUUCAUUCUGGCUUUGGCCCUCUCUAACAAUGGCUCCCCAAGAAAUGUGUUCCAUGUUUAUGGAAAAGAAUUCAAUGUGUUGGACUAUGGAGCUAUAAGUGAUGGCCAAACUGAAAAUUCCAAAGCAUUUGGUGAGGCAUGGAAUGCUGCAUGUGGAGAUCCAACCCCAACCCCCCAACUCAUUGUUCCAUCAGGGCACACAUUUUUGGUGAACCCCAUCAUGUUUCGAGGUCCAUGCCAAGCCCCUGGAAUCGAUUUCGCGAUUGCAGGGACAAUAAUAGCUCCAGACAGCCCUGGAUUUUGGGAUGGAAAAGAUGCAAGCCAAUGGCUGGUAUUUGAGGGUGUGAAGGGGCUCAAAGUGGAUGGAUAUGGCAAUGGCACCAUUGAUGGAAGGGGAAAGGCCUGGUGGGAUCAGUCCUGCAGAUAUAAUCCCCAGCUGAAAACUUGCACGACGUUGGCUCCCACUGCGCUGAGGUUUUUAUCGUGCGAUGGGAGCAGCGUUAGGAAUGUGGGUUUGAAAGACAGUGCGCAGGCACAUGUUCUCAUCACCGGCUGCAAUGGAUUCGACGUAAACAAUGUGGUAAUAAUGUCUCCUGAGAGCAGCCCCAACACCGACGGCAUUCAUAUCCAAGACACUCAGCAUCUCUCCAUCUCCAAUUCCAGCUUCGGCGUCGGGGAUGAUUGCAUAUCAAUUGGGGAUAGAAUUAGGGAUAUUAACAUACAGAAUGUUAAAUGUGGACCUGGUCAUGGCAUCAGCAUUGGAAGCCUGGGAAGAUCAGGAAAUUACGUUCAAGUAGAGAGGAUUUUUGUCACUAAUGCUUACUUCACUGGUUCCACUAAUGGAGCUCGGAUUAAAACAUGGCAGGUCGGGAGAGGAUACGUGCGCAACAUUAGAUUUGAGAAUCUCACAUUCGACUCUGUUAAGAAUCCUAUAAUCAUCGAUCAAAACUACUGCGAGGUUAGGGAUGCUUGCAAAGAGCAGGAAACUGGAGUGCAGAUAAGCCAGGUAGUUUACAGGGGAAUGUCAGGGACAUCAAGCACUGAAAUUGCCAUUAAUCUCAACUGCAGCAGCUCGGUUCCAUGCCAUGGAAUAUUGAUGGAAGACAUACACUUGACAUCAGCCAUGGCUGGCAAAGAAGUCACCACAUAUUGCAGAAAUGCACAUGGCAAUGUAACAGACGUCGCCCCGGAUUCCACCUGUCUGCUAGACUGACAUUCUUAUGGUUAGAAGUGAGGAUGAAAUAAUGUGAAACCAGAAAGCAUUUCACCUGUGUAUCAUUUAGUGUCCAUAUACAUAUUGUUUUUGGUUGAAAUGGCAAAUUAUGAUCAAUAUAAUGUGUCUACAUGUUUGGAAUACAAA